AAGUAACAAAAUACGGAGACGACGAUGGUCGACUGAUGCUGGAUCAAGUUUAGAUCUUUUGAUCGAAUGAAUUGACUCUGAUUAUAAGAUUUACAACUUGACAACAGUGAAUUCAUCUGUCGGAUAAUUCACCUGUACUGCCUGCGAGAUUUAAUUGUAACAAUGUGAUCUGCGAUGUCUGAUGAUAACGAAUUGGACUAGUAGUCUCUGGUUCUGAAAGCUACCAUGGCGGGACCAGGUGAAGAGGGAGUUGCUAAGUACCUUACUAUUGAAGCUCUUGACUUCAUCAGUGAACGUCUAGAUGGCGGACCGGUAAACUGGAGGCAGUUGGCUGGACAGUUACAUGUAGGAUACACAACUUUAGAUCUAAAUAAAUUCACGACUCAAGGGUUGAAAGACGGCGAAUCAGCACCCAAGGCUCUUCUAUUGGAUUGGGAAAGGCGUUGUGGUGGAUGUGAUGUUGGCAAGCUCAAGGAUUCUUUGAAGAGAAUUGGCAGGAAUGACAUAUUACGAGACCUCUAUGAUUAUUAUGAAAACCAAGGUAAAGAGAUUGUUGAACCCAGGCACAUUGCGCCGAAAAUAUUGGAUGUGGGCCAAGAUAUUGUGAUUAAAGGAAAAGUAUACCCUGAUGGAAAGGUGUCCCUGGAUCCUAACGUGACUUGGGUCUUUCAAGACAGUGGACUUCAUAGACACCAAGGAGCCUGUCCAGUUGAUAGUCAUUCUGGAAGGGGAAUGCCUAGUGGUCAUUCGGACGUCCAACGACAAGAAUACCACUCUUUGGAUCCGUCGCAACAAAGGGACUUAUCAACCCAAGCCCGUUGGAGUAGUCCCGGUCUUGGCAGAGAGGGAUCCAAGUCCAGUGUGGUCAUAGAACAAGACUUUCAUGUAUCGACCAAGAGACAUUCGGAUCCAUUGCAACGGAAAGAAUCGUCCUCCCAGUCGAGCUCGAUCGGUCAUGGCAGCGGCUCCUUGGACAGUGUCCGGAAGGCAGAGCCAGAGAGUCCUGUGAAUCUAAAGAAGAUUUACAGUGAGAGUCCCAUCUCGAUAAAUUGUGCCCCCUCUGUUGCUCCCCCAAAAGUAACGAAAGAGGAAGAGGGGUUCCAACGAGGAGGGGACUACGGAGAGUUGCGUUCUGUGCCUCCUGCCAACAGCAUUGGUAAUGGCCAUUUACCCAGGCACGCAGCUGCUGAAGGCCUUACACGUAUGAAGCGGUAUUUGAUAGUGUCAUCGGUGAACGAGCAAGACAAAAUGUGGUCAAGGAAGUUGUGUAAGAUACUAGAAAAGAAAGGGCAUCAAACAUGGAUGCUGAACAGCCUGUUUCCAGAGGAAAUUCUUCCCACCUUUCGCACUGUUGAUUACGUGUUGGUGAUUUACACAGACCACUACAAGAGGGAAUUCCAACAGCGUGGAAAUACUAACGGGAAACUCUUCGAUGCAAUGCAAAAGGAAUUCAAAACGAAAGGGUCCAAUCGUCGCUUCAUUCCAGUGUACGAUGUGAACGCGAUCCAUCAGCUCCCCGACGCUCUGAUGAGCGGCCAGUCGCAGGAGCGGGACUACAUUCUUCAGCUUCUCAGCCGGAGUAAUAAGAAUCCAUCCAACGUGCAUUCCUCAGCUCCAUCUGAGGGGGGAGUGGGCGGGGCAGUGGGCGGGGCUGGUGUCGCCCCAAUUAGGUGCAACCACCAGCACCUCUCCAAAUCCGAACCCGUCAUUCAACAAGAGUUCCACACCCCACAACCCCAACACAAACCGGCCAACCCAGAGAAGAAGGAGACCCAAUCCAAGUUCUUCAACAAGUUCAAAAGCAAGAAAGGAAAGUAGGUAUUUGAUUAUCUAUCAUGCAUUGAAUUCCUGAACUCUUGAAUAUCGAAGCUGAGCAGUGGUUCUGUCAUGGAUAUUUUUGUGUCGAGCUUCUUUUUCUUGGGGUACGACACAAGUUUGGCCUAGGAAGAGUGCGAGAUGUGGCUUUUCGCGCUGCAAGUCUCCAAGUCAGCGGCAGUGCGUGGCUUUGAUAUAGGAGGUGUGGACCAAAAUGUGGCGCUUCAUCUGAUUCUCCCUGCAGUCUCAACUGGUUUCAUCAUGCCUAUUCUAGCCCUAGUACUUGCUCGAGGACAUCGUCCCGUUCCAUUCCUUGGGCGAUUUUGAUAGACAUGUCAAGAUGGGGCAUGGGAGCCUGGACCUACGUGUGCAUUGGAAUGACUGACACUCAAAUUACAUGUCAUCCAGGUUGCUAUAUUUCUAUUUCUAUUAUUUGUUUGUGGUCACCUGUGCCUGGGAGGUGAAAAGCAAACUGAAUCACUAUGACCCGCAGGUCUCUUCGCCCGAUUCUAACUGAUUGGGCGGAGUGCAGCUGGACCACUACACCAGGAUUUUUCUCUUUUAUUCGAAUAGUGCAGUGGCUUCUUAACAAGCAAAGAUGGUGACUCUCCUCGACAUGGGGCCUUCAGUUAACUUCCUAUCUGAGGGACGGAGUGUUUCCACUGUAACAUAGCCUGCAUUUAUGGAACAGGGGAGAGACGUUUACACACAACGUAGGCUUCAGUCAAUUGCCAGGGGUGGACUUGAACCUGUCCUCCAACCUUUGGUUCGACAGGCAGACGCUUUACCGACAGUUGGUGUGCACAGCCUACUGGGAUGAGAAAACCCAGCAGUCAUUACUAGUGAUCUGUUUAUACUUAUCCAUUAUUAUGAUGUCUGGAUCAGCUUGCUUGUAUGAAGAAAUGAACUCUGAAAAAAGCCUUGUCUUGGGCUCUGUUAUAGGAACGUAGAGAUUGAUUACAAACUUGAAAAUCCUAGUCUGAUUGCAUGACAUGUGUACAUUGUGUCGAUCAGACUCAUUGUCGACCAAUCAGAAUCAUUCUUGGAAUAUCGCAAUCGAUCACAAACCUUUAUUUAUACAGGCCUUGCUUUUGUAUUCAUUAAUGUUCACCUUUAGUGUGUUUUUAUUGGAUCUAGGUACUAAACAUGCCUUUACAGUUGAGCAAGUGUUAAAACAAGGAUUUUUUAAAUCCUUGUAAUGUUCAAAACCAGUAUUUGUAUCUUAGGUUUCCUCUAAUUUGUAUGUGUUUCAUGGAAAUUUUUUAGACUCGUGCUUGCAUUUCAAAUGCUUAUCUUACAACUCAGUUAUUGAAGUAAUGAGUUAAAAAUCAAGCUUGUAUAUUUUAAUUAAGAAUGUAUAUAUAAAAAUAAUCUUAAAAAAUGCACAGUAUAGUACUGUACAUGUUUUAAUCCUUCAUUUGUUAAAAGCUAUCCUAAUAUAUUACCACAUUUGUAGUUUCAACUACAUGUACAUGUACCUAUUUGGUUUAUAGCAAAAAAUGUUAUUUUUUUAUUUGCCAUCUAAAUACUUGCAUCGAAACAUGAAGUAGUGCAGCUGUUUAUAAAGCAGCUUUUAAAGGGAUUUUUAUUAUUAAAGAGAGAGAGAUAGAGAAGGGUGUGUGGUGGGGUGGGGGAGGAGAUCAUGGUGAGAGUAUUGCAAAUAUAUGGUGCUAAAGGCACUAUCGUACCUAGGGGG